AUGGAAGAGCCAGCACCAGUGGAAGGCCAGGGCCAGCUCCCAAGCCCCCACCAGGGCUCUCUGAGGAAAGCCAUGGCAGCUGCCCUGGCCCUUGAUGGGGAAUCCACACUGGGUCGCAGGAAAAAGAAGAAGAAAGAGUCCCGCCCAGAAUCUAUUAUCAUCUACCGGUCAGAGAGUGAGAAACUGGAUGAGAAGCCUGGGGAAUUAGAAGGUGGAGAUCAGCCUAAAGAGGAGGAGGGAGAUGAUUUCCUAGACUAUCCUGUGGAUGAUGGUAUGUGGAACAUGCCUGUGGACAGCCGCUAUGUCACAUUAACUGGGACCAUCACCCGAGGGAAGAAAAAGGGGCAGAUGGUGGACAUCCAUGUCACAUUGACAGAGAAGGAGCUGCAGGAACUCACCAAGCCUAAAGUGUCUUCAAGGGAAAUGGCCCCUGAAGGCAGAAAGGCCUGCCAGCUGGGAGCAGACCGUGGGCCCCAUGUGGUCCUCUGGACGCUGGUCUGCCUGCCUGUGGUUUUCAUCCUCUCCUUCGUGGUCUCUUUCUACUAUGGCACCAUCACCUGGUACAAUAUCUUUCUUGUGUACAAUGAGGAGAGGACCUUCUGGCACAAGAUCUCAUGCUGCCCCUGCCUCAUUCUCUUCUAUCCAGUGCUCAUCAUGGCCAUGGCCUCUUCCCUGGGCCUCUAUGCUGCCGUGGUCCAGCUCUCAUGGUCCUGGGGAGCAUGGUGGCAAGCUGCCCGGGACAUGGAGAAAGGCUUCUGUGGCUGGCUGUGCAGCAAGCUGGGUCUGGAAGACUGUUCUCCCUACAGCAUUGUGGAGCUGCUUGAAUCUGACAAUAUCUCAGGCAAUCUGUCCAACAGGGAUGCCACCCAGGAUGUAGAAACAUCCACUGUCUAA